GCCAGCGACAGAUACAGCGACACGGGUUCGUUGGAAAAAGCUUCUGGGACGCUUUCUUUAUGCUGGAUUGUUUAUCGUGCCGGAUACACGUAGCUGGCCUGCGCUGUUUCACUCAUAUAUCAUAUUCUCAUUUCUGAAGUCAUUUCUAUCCCACCGUGUUUUUGUUACUCUCCUGCCGCUUCGGUGUUUUCAUCGUUAACAAUCACUUUUGUUUUGUAAAGAUAUUCGGCAUCUUUCACCAACCCUAAACGCUCUGCUCGCACAGCAGUAUAUAUAAGUUUAUUCUCGCUUUUCACACAUACUUUGCACCUUCUUCGGAUUCUAGAUCACAACACCAGCUGAGAACCAUGAAGCCAGACCUUAAGAAGGCUAAACUGGACAUCUUCAGCUUUCCCAGCGGCAAAGAUGUCCGCACACCGGCCGAUGUGACGGAAUCCUACACAGACGCAAUGAAGUCCCACCCGUUCUUCGACAACGCGCACACCAUCGCCGAGCUCUACGACAGCGCCACCGUCAAGGAUGGCAAGGGGCGCAUCAUCGGUGUGGUGCUCCGCAAAGCGCUGCCUGAGUUUGCCGCGUCGACGGCUGCCGAUUUGUUGAUUUCAGCAGCGGUGCGUUCGUCGCUGCGGAGCCCGAUGUUUGGCGGGGAGUCCCCGCUGAGUGGCAUUGCGGGGUACUUCGACUACCGCGGCUCGCCGGUGGAGCUGAAGGCGCGGAAGACGUCGUUCACGUACGAACACGAGAAGGACUGGCCCGCGGUCUUCCCCCUCGUGGACUACGUGAGCGAAAUCUACAAGUGCGUCAUGCCGGAGCACUGGGCGGCGCAGGACAGCGCCAUUCCCGACGUCGUGCGCAUCCACGGCGCCCCCUUCUCCACACUGACCAUCAACUCACGAUUCCGCACGGCGACGCACACAGACGCUGGCGACUUCGACGGAGGUUACAGCUGCAUUGCGUGCAUCGACGGCAACUUCAAAGGACUCGCGUUGACCUUCGACGACUUCCACAUGAGCGUGCUGCUGCAGCCGCGCGACGUCUUUGUCUUCGAUUCUCACCACUUCCACUCCAACACCGAGGUGGAGGAGAGCUGCCCGUCGGAGGAUUGGAGGCGGCUGACCUGCGUCUUCUAUUACCGCUCCCCCCUAGGCGAACCGGGCAGUUACGCCGAGUACCAGCGUCGACUGGCGGCUGCGCUGCAGGACAAGGAAGCCAAUCUGGCGGUGAAGGAGGUGCUCGUAAAACCCAACGGCGAGAAUCUGAACCGGCCGUCACCUGUCUUCCCGGUCCAGCCGUCACCCUUUGCUGUUGUUAGCGCACUACACCGCAUGCACCACUGUGCGGCGAAGGCGCUGCGCGUUCACGAGCUGCUGCUCGCCCCCUCCUCCCUUCUCGCAACGACUCUCUUUGGCGAGGAGCUGACCUGUCCCGACGGCUUCCCGCUCCGCAGCUUGGAUGUGAAACUGAAAGCAAACGCAGACGCCACCCAGCGGACGGCGGGUCGCUUCGGCGGCUUCAGCGAGACCGGCACGGUGCUGACAACGGCGGCGGAGAAGAAAAAAUACCUAGAGCGUGCGUACUUGUCCGAGUUCAUCGCGGCAGAGCUUUUAGAGAUGUGGGAGAAGGCCCGGGCGAAGUGGCUGGACUUGGUAGCGAAGGAGUGGAAGCGCCUGAUCGCCAUCAUGCCCGAGCGCACGGACUUCUUGUGGAAGAACACGUCGGACAUGAACGCCGCCUUCUUUGAUCUCUGCGAAGUCGCCAAACAGGUGAUGCUGGGCUUGCUCGAAAAGGAGACCGCCCAGCGAGCAGAGGAGCAGGCGUUCUGGUCGAUGUACGCCGUGCAUCUCAAUGCGGCGUGCACCGAGGAGCUAGGCAUGCCACCCGAAGCGAUGUCGCUCCGCAAGCUCAACGUGAAGCUGAAGGACUUCAACUUUGGCGGGACACGCUACUUCAAGGACAUGCCGGAUGACGAACAGCAGCGGCGCGUGGAGCGGAAGCGGCGCAUUGAGGAGGCGCGUCGCCGCAACGCCGCUUCGUCCGCUGGAUCGGGUGAGCGGCACUCAACGUGGCUGACGAACGACAGCUUCGACUACCAAAGCGAAGACAGGGAGGUGGACUACGCGGCGAACAAUUGGCCAUUGCCGCAGCGCCACGCCGAAGACGUGACGAAGUGCGUGCACAAGGAGGACGUCCCCGCGAGCACGGAAUUGGUGAGGGUGCUCGUGGUUCAUUCCCACCCUUUCGGGAAGGGGCACGGCGGCGACGGCGACUGCAAGGAGGAAGUGGACGAGAACGUGGCGACGUCGGCGGAGUGGCUUCGACUCAUGAGCAGCCCUGCCGUGCAUCGAGUUCUGUCCUCCACACAGCGCAACACGUCGUUGCCACCGGAGUGCUCUCUUGAUAACGUGAAGGUGGCUUUUGCCUACCACGACGAUUUGCCCGAGGAAAAGUUCGACUUCGUCGUUCUGCAGCACGUGCUGAGCGUCAUGCCUGACGACGCGGUGGCAGCGACGUACCUGCGCGGAGUUGGCGCUAUCUGCUCCGGCUGCAUUUUUGUGGCAGAGACCGACGUGCAGUUCCGGCAGUACUACACGCUGCAGUACCCGAUCCGCGCGGCGUACGACGCGGUCGCCUCUACGUUCUUCCAGCUGCUACACCGCGUGGCCUACGGCACCAAGCUCGCACGCACGCGCACGAAAGCGGAGGUCGAGUCCCUCUAUCCUCUCCUUUGCUGCGCGCGGUACAAACUGCAGGGCUCCCCAAUGAACACGGUGGUGCACAUCCUCGCGCCGGAGUGA